CAAACAAAUAUGAAAAACGCCACCGUAGCCCCUCACUGACUCGCCUGCAAAAACCACUUGCAAACCACACAAACCGAAAACGCCAGCUCGCCGGCCUCCAUUUUUAGCAACUUUUCCCUUAAAUCUCCUCCUGCACACCUUCUCUUCCCCUCCCCCACACAGCCAGCCGUGCCUCUGCCUCUGCCCCUUCUCCCACCUCGACCCUUCUCCGGCGCCGCCGCGGCCUCGGCCAUGGAGAGGAGCCCCGGCGCGGCGCUGACAUCGUCACCCGAGGAGGAGGAGGAGGAGAAGGCGGCGGACGGCCAUGGCGAGGAGGCUGGCGUGGAGCAGGAGGACGAGGAGGAGGCUGCGCCGGUGGUGCUGAAGAAGGGGCCCUGGACCACGGCGGAGGACGCCAUGCUCGUGGACCACGUCCGGCGCCACGGCGAGGGCAACUGGAACGCCGUGCAGAGGCUCACCGGCCUGCUGCGCUGCGGCAAGAGCUGCCGCCUCCGCUGGACCAACCACCUCCGCCCCAACCUCAAGAAGGGCUCCUUCUCCCCCGACGAGGAGAUCCUCAUCGCCCAGCUCCACGCGCAGCUCGGCAACAAGUGGGCGCGCAUGGCCGCGCAUCUGCCGGGGAGGACGGACAACGAGAUCAAGAACUACUGGAACACGCGGACCAAGCGCCGCCAGCGCGCCGGCCUGCCCGUCUACCCGCCGGAGGUGCAGCUCCAGCUCGCGCUCGCCAAGCGCUGCCGCUACGACGACUUGUCGCCGCUGCCGGGCGCGGCCAAUGCUGUCCAGGCGCUCGACGCCGCCGCGGCAGGGUACACCAGCUCCCGGCCGGCGCCGCUCGACCUGGCUCGCCAGCUCGCCGCGACGAGCCAGGCGGCGCAGUUCCUCUCCCCGCCGCCGCCCUUCUCGGCGCCGUCGUCGCCGUGGGCGAAGCCGUUCGCACGGAACGCGCUGUACUUCCAGUUCGCGCACUCGUCGCCCGUGUCCCCGUCCAAGCCGACCAGGCCGCUGCACCACCCGGCCACGCCGGACCUCUCCCUCGGCUACGGCGUGCGCGGCGCCGACCAGAGCAGGCUCGCGCCGCUCUCGCCGUCCCCUGGCCGCCCCAGAGUGGAGCUCCCUUCAAACCAAUUCGGCCAGGCGAUGCCGCCGACCUCGGCCGCCGCCGCCGCCGGCGCGGCGCUACCGGAUCAUCAUCAGCAUCAGAACGCGGCGAGCCUGGAGAAGAUGCUGCAGGAGCUGCACGACGCCAUCAAGGUCGAUCCGCCGGCGAACGGAGACGCCGAGCGCCAUGGCGGCGGCGGCGCGGUCCUGGAGCGGCAUGGUGGCAGAGAGAACAAAUUGGACGGCCAGCAUAGGGAUGACGACAUGGGUACGCUGUUCGACAUGAUGAUCCCGAGGCUCAACGCGCCGGAGACCGUGCCGCUGCCUCCGGCGGCAGCUUCGCCCAACCACUCCGGCUCGACCUCGCAGCACAGCAGCGACGACCAGGACCCGUCCACCGCCGACCUCGGCGUGGACCUGCCGGUCGCCGGCGGCGCCAGCCCGCCGGACCAGGACUGGGGCCUCGACGGCGUCUGCCAGUGGAGCAACAUGUCCAGGAUCUGCUGAUCGCCCGCAACAACUGCAGGAGCAGACCAUCAGUCUAGAGGCCUACCCUUAAAACAUCCGAUGAUUCUAAGAACUCGUUGAGGAGAGAGAGUCCCUUUUUUUCUGAACCUUUCUUGAUGCUGCCAGAUGCCAGGCAUCACAUGGACAAAUCUGUUUCUGUUCCGUUCUUGACGACUAUGUUGGUUGGCUGCCGACUCAAUCUCAGCUGCAAGCGCAAUCCAGCAGAACUUGCGUCAGCGUCUAGUAAUCUUCUUUCCAAUUUAUUUGACAUCAUCAAUGGCAGAUUUUUUUUUACAGAUACAUUCCCUU